UGACUUUUGAAGCUUUUGGAAAGUGAAACAUUUUCUAAAAGUGUCAGAUUAUAAUAAACGUUAAAGUAUUGUGAGUUGUAACUUUGUUUUAUAGUUGUUUACAUUUUACUAUCUAAAAUGCCGAAGAAAAAGACUGGUCAAAGAAAAAAAGCAGAGAAACAGAAGCUGAGACAAAAAGAAAUCAGAAAUGCCAGGGAACACGUAGACAUAGCCCAGCACCCUUGUAACAUGCCCAUGGAAUGUGAUAAAUGCCAGAAGAAACAAAAGAGUCGCGCAUUCUGCUACUUCUGCCAAGCCCUGCAGCGGCUGCCGGCAUGCGCGCACUGCGGGAAAGUGAAGUGCAUGCUCAAGUCCGGGGACUGCGUGGUGCGCCACCCCGGGGUGUUCACCACUGGAAUGGGAAUGGUGGGUGCAAUCUGUGACUUCUGCGAGGCAUGGGUUUGCCAUGGGAGGAAGUGUCUGAAUGCACAUGCCUGUACCUGCCCACUUACUGAUGCUGUGUGUCUUGAAUGUGAAAGAGGUGUAUGGGAGCAUGGUGGGCGCGUUUUUCGCUGCUGUUUCUGCCAGGGUUUCCUCUGUGAGGAUGAUCAGUUUGAGCACCAGGCCUCCUGCCAAGUGUUAGAGUCGGAGACAUAUAAGUGUCAAUCAUGCAAUCGCCUGGGGCAAUAUUCGUGCUUGCGCUGCAAGACAUGCUUCUGUGAUGAGCAUGUGCGGAGACGCGGAACCCGGCCCGACCGCCGCGCCGCUCCGCCCUGCCCCAAGUGUGGCUUCGCUCUGCUGCUCACUGGCGAACUCAGCAUGUCCACGCGCUCGCAUCGUUACGGACGUCAAGGCGCUCAGCCGGCUGACGAUGACGAUUAUGGCGCUGGUGGAUAUACUGGUUACGACGCAGCCGCCGAAGGAGGUGACUACUCGUACUCUUGCUCCGAGUCGGAUGACGACGACGAGGAUGAUGAUGACGAGUCUGAGGAGCAGGACUCUGACGACAGCGAGCAACCCGACACCACGGCCGCUGCAUCUGGCAACAAAGCGCCUUAACCUCAAUACAUUUUCCAUAACAUAUUCAAAAUUAUUUAACAUAUAGUAAAAUAUUAUACUUACUGUA